AACAUGAACAUCAGCCAAUGUGAGAGAGGCCUUUAGCUGCUUAGAAGUUCCCCUGGGUUCCUCUGGUUCCUCUCCCACUAUGAUGGAGUGAUGUUUGUUGGUGGACCACUCCUCACAAAGCUCCUUUGCCAUCACACACUUUAACACAAUGAGCUCAAAAAGCUCCCCUCUGAUCUGGAAUAUUGACUCGUUUCAGUCUAAUAUUUGUGUUUGAUGUGUUUGAACAGGUUCUCUUUGUGGACUUCCAGGACCUGUGUGGUGCUGAGGCAACAUUUUUGAGUUGAGUUGGUGUAAAUUGGUGAAAAACAAAAGUAAAGAUGUUUUUGGAGGACGCUGGUUUCAAACUGGGUUGAACAUUAUGCAACUGGGUAAGAAAAAAGGGAAUUAUUAUGAAAAUGUUCAUCUGGUAAUCACAAGAGAGUCAGUGAUUUCUUUGGAAAUAAAAAGGUUUUUGUUUUUUGCUAAAUCAAAACAUUUGUGUUUCUGUGGAUCAAACCUGAGAGACGACAUAACUUCUUAGUGGCUGAGUCACUGAUUUCCCAAGCGGCAGGUUGACCUUUGUACCAUGCAGAAAUAUGUGAUAUGUGAUCCGUCGCCAGUGUGACACUUUCAGUUUUGGUUUGGACUCUAGACUGUGACUCUUGAAUGUGCUUUCAUUUGUUUUGUUCAUUGUCCACCUGGCCUCUCUCCAGGAAUUACAUGAAUGACUGAAUUGUCAUCACAGCUGCACAACUCUGAGUCGAAGUGGGCGUUCCUUGCUCCAGGGCAGCGUUUAGAUGAGGUGUGUUCAGAUCUCGUGGGAUUGAAAGUCGCUGGAUUAAAGAGUUUGUCGUGCGUUUUUGGAGCCCCCCCGUCCUGGAUCCUGAGAGGCCGUGAGAGGAUGAAGUGAUGCAGAUGAUGGUUUUGCCGCCCGGGCCAUGCUGAGGGGGAGGUCAGCUCUCGUGGGUGUGUUUCUGUGUUAUGUGUGUCUGCUGGUGGCUGAGCCCGAGAUAAGGUCUCCACGCUGCAGCGAAGACAUCAUCCGAAGGCUCAGGGCCCUCAUUAACGGAGCCCCCGAGAAGAACUGGUUGGCCUGCAGACUGUACACGCCGACCUUCCCAGACUACGAGCAGAAGUGCCCCAGCACCACCCUGAAAUGCUUUGCUGAUGAAGUGAAAGUCCUCUGUGAAGAGUGGGAAGUCAGUAACCGCAAGUCCCGUCGAAACCUGAACACCAUGCUGCAGAAACUGGCGUCGGCGUUCAACCAGACGGAAACAGAUUGUCGUCAGUGUGAACUCCUUGAGGAACAAAGUGCAGAAAAGUUCCUCAAUGCACUUUUGUCCACCAUAGAAGCGAUCAACGAGAAGUACUGCGUAGAGCUAACAGCUAACAGCUAACAGCUAACAGCUAAUGUUCCUCCUCUGCCACAUGGAGGGAGCUCAGAGACUCCAUGACCUCCUUUCAUAUCCAGUGAGCACAAAUAAAACGCAUGAUGUCCGAAGCUUUUCAGCAGUGUUGAAUUCACAGCUGGAGGGACGACGAGUAAUUCGUUGUUUGGUUUGGUUGAUCUGGACCGAGAGGAAAAUUAAACGUUUGACUUUCUUAUUAUUUCUGCUUCGGGUUCUAGUCAGACAGAAUGGGAGGUAACUCACAGGUGGCCACCAUCGGGUCAACCAACACUUUAAUAAAGAAAUCAAACACAAGGUUGAGGCUUCAUACAAGCUAAUGUUAGCAUCACUUCUUGUACUUAUAUAUAAAUGAAUAUAAAUAUAUAUAAAUGUAUUUAACAACCAUUUAUGCCGCAGCUUUAUUAUCAAGAACAUGUUUUUCUGUAAAACCCAUUUAAGAUCAACUUUAUAUUUUACUUAAAUGACAACAACAAAAAACAAUAAACGUGAUGAGUUAACACCCAA